GCAGCCUCGCGUCGCUACUGGUCGCGACUCCAUAAUUCGUAAUCUCGAGAGAUUUACGUUUGGCACCAGAGCACCGGGACAACCGGAGGCGGCGGAGGAAAGGGUGUUAUGUGACGUUUUACGCAUCACAACGAACGCGUGUGGUUACGAUCUUCGCGGAUAAAUGGCUGCCUCGCUGAACACGGUCGACUGGGAAGAUCUCAGGAAGCAGGCGAGACAUCUGGAGAAUGAGAUCGACGCAAAGCUAGUGGCGUUCAGCAAGUUGGGCAUAAACACAGGCACGAGGCAUGUCAGCGCGGAGGAAGUUCCUCUCCUGGAUGAGGAGCAGGUGUUCGAGAACAUGGCGUUAGAGAUCGAGACGCUGCUCACCAAGCUGUUCUCCAUAAACGAGAGGAUGAGUGAGUUGCAGCCAAAUGGGGCAGCUAUGCUGCACACGAUGCAGCGCCACAAGGAGAUCCUGAAAGACUACAAGCUGGAGUUCAAUAAAAUUAGAAAUAACUUUACGGCCAGGAAAGAUCGCGAAGAUCUUUUAGGUAGCGUCCGUAAAGAAAUAGAUAAUUACAAAAGUGCGAGUGGGUUAAAUCGGCGUGAAAUGUAUCUCAAAGAAAACCAACAUAUUCACAAUUCCGACCGAUUGAUCAAUGACCAAAUAAGCAUAGCGAUGGAAACGCGGGAUCACCUGAUGACUCAGAGACAGGCAUUCAAACGUAUACGAACCCGAUUCAAUGACCUCUCCAAUCGAUUCCCAGCGGUGAACAGUCUACUACAGAGGAUAAAUCUGCGUAAAAGAAGAGACUCCGUUAUACUCGGUCUCGUCAUUGGUGUCUGUACGUUUUUAAUGCUUCUGUACGCUUUUCAUUAGAUAAUGACCGAGAUACUUCCCGUUGCGCCUCCAGGUAGCGAUUAUUCAUCGUGAAUUUUUGCAAUAUGUUUGUCACAGUAAAGAUAUACAUAUACGUUUAUGAGGUAUUAUGGCGAUAAUCCAAUGAACAUGUAGGAAACAGUACUUUAGAGUAUGCAAGAUUUCGUGUGUAUGCGCCGUGUGGAUGAUUGAGUGAGUGUAUCGCUUGCGUUUGAUGUGCACGAAAAGAAAUUCGUCUGUAUAGUUUUUUUAUACCGAAAUACUAGACGUGGAGAUAUAUGAUAUAAACGGAACUCUCAUCCACGUCCACAUGUUAACUUAAUAAAUGUUAUAAUAUGAUUUAA